AUGGCAGCAGUUGCAAGCCGUAAAGGAGGGUUAUUUUUCGUCUAUGGUUACGGUGGAACUGGAAAAACGUUCUUAUGGAAGACUUUGGCUUCAGCAGUUCGAUGUAGAGGUGAGAUAGUUUUAAAUGUUGCUUCAAGUGGUAUUGCUUCGUUAUUACUUCCUCGUGGAAGGACAGCCCAUUCUUGCUUCCAUAUCCCAAUUAAUCUCACUGAAGAUUCCAUGUGUCAUAUUAAGCCAAAUAGUGAUAUCGCCAUUUUAUUAAAGGAAACUCAAUUGAUCAUAUGGGACGAAGCACCGAUGGUCCAUAAACAUGCCUUUGAAGCUUUAGAUAGGACGAUGUCUGACGUAUUUUCUGACGGUAGGGGUAUUCGAUCUGAUGUUCCGUUUGGAGGGAAAGUUUUUGUAUUCGGCGGUGACUUUAGACAAAUCCUACCAGUUAUUCCUAAUGGUACUAGACAACAAAUCGUUUGUGCGUCUUUAAGCUCUUCAUAUAUAUGGUCAAAGUGCAAACUGUUAAGGUUGACUAAAAACAUGCGCCUAACAAUUGGAGCUGAUAGUUCUGAUAUGGACUCUAUCAGGGAUUUUGCGAAAUGGCUACUUGAUAUUGGUGAAGGUAAGUUGGGAGAUGAUAACGAUGGUGAAGCAAUUAUUCAGAUACCCGGUGAUCUAUUAAUCACCGAUAAUUAUGAUCCAAUACAAAGCUUAAUUGAUUUCGUCUAUCCUUCAAUUAUGGAACAAUUUUGGAAUCCUGGUGAUGCUAAAGAAUUAGUUCUUAAAGUUGGUGUUCAUGUUAUGCUUCUCCGCAAUAUCGAUCAACAGAAAGGUUUAUGUAACGGUACAAGGCUAAAAAUUACUUUUCUAGGAAAACGAGUAAUAGAAGCUGAAGUUAUAUCUGGCGGUAAUAUCGGCACAAGAGUUUUUAUUCCAAGGCUUAAUAUGAUUCCGUCCGACAAAAAAAUACCAUUCAAAUUCCAACGAAGACAAUUUCCUCUAUCAGUUUGUUUUGCCAUGACAAUUAACAAGAGUCAAGGACAAUCCUUAUCAAAAGUUGGUCUGUAUUUGAAAGAUCCUGUGUUCACUCAUGGUCAGUUGUACGUUGCAUUAUCAAGGGUCAAGACCAGAGAAGGAGUUAAAAUAUUGAUAUUCGAUGCCGAUGAAAAACCAACAAAUAAGACGUCUAAUGUUGUCUAUAAAGAAGUCUUUGGUAGCUUAUAA